CGCGAUUCCCAGAGGGCAGCGGGCGAACGCGCCGCGGAGGACUACAAGCCCCAGCGGGCGACGCUCGGCCGCGCCCGGGACAACCGGGUCCCGCACGGGACGACCGGCCGGCGCCUGGCCCGCGCCCCAGGAUCCUCCGCGGGCAAGAUGGCCACUCCAGGGACUGAGGCCGAGGUGAGCGGGCGCUAGGCCGGGGCGCCCCUCUGGCCCUCCUCCGGGACCUGGGGCCUCGCAGGGGGAAGUCACGUCUUAUCCUACAGAUGCAUCAGGACAUCUCUCGCUGUGGCCACGGAGACAUCCAGGUGCAACCCUGAGCGCUCCAUGCCUGCGGGCAAGGGGAGGCAUGGCCUCCCCCUGGGCCACCCUCUCUACUGGUUGCUCUGUGUGUUCACUUUAAAGUUCUGCCAAGCAGAGACACCCAUGCGAGAGGAGAAGCUGUCAGCCAGCACCUCAAAUUUGCCUUGCUGGCUGGUGGAAGAGUUCGUGGUUGUAGAAGAGUGUGGUCCAUGUUCUAAUUUCCAGGUGAAAACCAACCGUGAGUGUGGUUCCACAGGGUAUGUAGAGAAAAUCACAUGUAGCUCAACCAAGAAGAGUGAGUUCAAAAGCUGCCGCUCAGCUCUGAUGGAACAACACUUAUUUUGGAAAUUCGAAGGGGCUGUUGUGGGUGUGGCCUUGGUCUUCGCUUGCCUUGUCAUCAUCCGUCAGCGUCAACUGGACAGGAAAGCUCUGGAGAAGGUCCGGAAGCAAAUUGAGUCCAUAUAGCUACAUCCUACCGUUUUACCCAGGGUCUUAGGGACCCUUUUUCAGAUGGAGAAAGCGUAAUGGACUGAUUCGCACCCUUGGUUCUUUGGUGCCUUGUGGUGGCAUCCCCUUCUCCCCAUCUUCCUCUUUCAGAUCAGUAAUGAACAGAAUAAAAAAGAAUAAAACA